GACUUGCUCCCAAACCCCUCUUUCCCUCUCUCUCUCUCUCUCUUUCUCCCUCGAUCUCUUUCUCUCUUUCUCUCUCCGUCUACGUUCCGUCAUUCCGAGACGCUGACGCUUUUAUUGCGUCCUUUUUCCUCGGAAUCUUUCGGGACCGGAGGAGAAAGAGACGCCGGAUUUUCAAGAACGGCCGUCGGGAUUUCUUGUUUGGUUUAGAUUCUGAGCUUUUGGAUUUCUGGGAAGGUUUCGGCUGCGAUGGGGGAUAUGUGGAACGUGCUGCAUGAGUUCAAACCGGCCAUUAUUAUGGUCUCGGUGCAGACCAUUUUCGCCGGCGUUAAUGUGCUGUAUAAGAUAGCGGCUUCCGAUGGGAUGAACCUAAGUAUUUUGGUGUUUUACCGGUUCCUUUUCGCCGCUGGGUUCAUCGGCCCCGUCUCCUACUUUGUCGAAAGAAAUAAGAGGCCCAAGCUAACGUGGACUGUUCUGUUUCUGGCAUUUCUGUGUGGACUGUUUGGAGGAUCACUGGGGCAGAAUUUGUAUUUGAAGAGCUUGUCAUAUACUUCUGCAACCUAUGCCACUGCCAUAUUUAAUCUCAUCCCCGGCAUUACCUUCAUUGUUGCGGUUAUUCUUGGGUUGGAGAAGUUGGGUUUGAAUACAGCGGCAGGCAAAGGAAAGGCGUUGGGGACAAUGUUUGGCAUUGGCGGGGCGAUGCUCCUCACCUUUUACCAAGGACCCGAACUUCAUUUAUGGAAUACUAAUAUUCACCUACUGCAUAAAACACCACCGAGCAAGGUCGUAAAAAGCAAUUAUUUAUUGGGCACCAUUAUCGCCUUGGCAGGAUGUCUGUGCUAUUCCUGCUGGUUGAUUCUUCAGGCUAAGGCAGCUGAGCGAUUUCCAUGUGCAUACUCAUUUACCGCUCUAAUGAUGAUGAUGGGAACAUUUCAAUCUUUCGUGUAUUCAAUUUGUUCGGUAAGGGACUGGAACGAGUGGAAGUUGGGAUGGAAUGUUCGACUCUUUGUGGUUGCAUAUGCUGGGAUUGUCGGUUCUGGAUUGAUGUUCUCUCUGAUUGCGUGGUGUGUACGCAAGAAAGGCCCGGUUUUCGUUUCGGUCUUCAACCCGUUGAUGCUGGUCAUGGUGGCAAUAGCGGGAUCUUUGUUCUUGGACGAGAAGAUAUACUUGGGAACUUUGCUCGGAGGGGGACUAAUUGUGACGGGAGUGUACGUCGUAUUGUGGGGGAAAGGGAAAGAGGUAGAAGCGACCAAAUUGGUACUGGAGGGCAGCGUAGACGGAGGCAUGGAAAACCAGAUCGAGAUGGGUAACCAUUCUCCAUCGCACAAAGAACCGAGCUUUCAUGGGGGUAGCUAUCAUGGGAGCAUACAUUUGAAAGGAGGAGGAGGAGGAGAAGAGGGAGAAGAUGCCAUUGAAGAGGGAAGGGUUUCUCUUGCUGGUUCUGAAGUAAUGGGAGGCUAUUACUUGAUUCUUAACAAAAGCAUGAAUCAAUAAUGUAUCUCUAAUCUUGUGUUUUUGUUGGGUACAAAUAUAUAUAUAUAUAUUGGAUCUAUUGUUGUAGCUUCAUGGUUUAAGGAUGAAAUUAAAGAAAAUGGGGGGUUUGGGGGCUAUGCUAUUAUAAAAUUGUUGCAGAAUUGAAGCUGCUAAAUUGAGAUGCAAUGGUACAUCUUUUUUUGUAUAUUUGUAUGAUUCUUUGAAGAAUCAAAGACACCACCAUUCUAUUUUUCUUCUCUGCAUACUCUU